CACCCUACACAAGAACAUCGCCUAGGCAGAUUUUCAGAGAACUUGGGGAACACAGAAGGGUACAAUUUUUCAGAAAAUCUGGGGUAAACAGAAGGAGAAGACUUCCAGAAAAUGGAGGAAGAUCUGCAGACACAAAGGGAGAUUCUAGGCAGUUGACAUGCAGAAACUCAAAGGCUUGACUACUAUUGGAUGGAAAUAUUUUAGCAACAGCAACUGGCCAGUUGACAACCUUUGAUACUUCUGACAACAAAAAGAUUCAAAAAUUCUUUGGACAUCCGUUAAAAUGCAUCGGGAAGAGUUGCAAUUGCUUCAAGAACCAGGUUCACAUGUUGGUGAGGUUGUGAAGGUUAUGAGGAAGUCAAAGGUUCUUGUGAAGGUGCAUCCAGAAGGCAAAUAUAUCGUAGAUGUUGAUAAAAGUAUCGAUAUUACAAAAAUCACACCUUCCACAAGAGUUGCUCUUCGAAGUGGCAGCUAUAUACUUCAUCUUAUCCUGCCCAGUAGAGUCGAUCCGUUGGUUAAUCUUAUGAAGGUUGAGAAGGUUCCUGAUUCUACAUAUGUUAUGAUUGGUGGUCUUGACCAGCAAAUUAAAGAGAUCAAAGAGGUCAUCGAGCUUCCAAUUAAGCAUCCUGAGCUGCUUGAGAGUCUUGGAGUUGCCCAACCAAAGGGUGUCCUUCUCUAUGGCCCUCCAGGUACUGGAAAAACUUUACUUGCUCGUGCAGUUGCUCAUCACACAGACUGCACCUUCAUUAGGGUGUCAGGUUCUGAGCUUGUUCAGAAGUACAUUGGAGAGGGUUCCCGGAUGGUUCGUGAACUUUUUGUGAUGGCUAGGGAACAUGCACCAUCCAUUAUAUUUAUGGAUGAAGUAGACUCCAUUGGAUCUGCUAGGAUGGAGUCGGGAUCUGGCAAUGGUUAUAGUGAGGUUCAGCAAACCAUGCUUGAGCUUCUAAACCAACUUGAUGGUUUUGAAGCAUCAAACAAGAUUAAGGUUCUUAUGGCGAGAAACAGGAUAGACAUUUUGGAUCAAACUCUCCUGAGGCCUGGGCUCAUUGAUAGGAAGAUUGUAUUUCCAAAUCCUAAUGAAUUUUCCCACUUUGAUAUAUUGAAGAUAAUGAACUUGAUGCGCGGCAUUGAUCUGAAGAAGAUCGCUGAGAAGAUGAACGGAGCAUCAGGUGCAGAGCUAAAGGCUGUUUGCACAGAAGCCGGAAUGUUUGCCCUUCUGGAGAGAAGGGUGCACGUCACUCAGGAGGAUUUCGAGAUGGCAGUGGCGAAGAUGAUGAAGAAGGAUUCGGAGAAGAACAUGUCACUGCGGAAGCUCUGGAAGUGAAGCUCACGUCUCGGCGGCACCCUGGCUUCAGCUGCCCAUGUCGAAACAGCUGAAGCGAAUAGCGCCGCGCGUUGCCGGGAUCAGCUGUGAGAUUCUGAAAAAUGUUUCUCGUGCGCGAAAGCUGAAACCUAUGGAUGUCGUGUGGCAUAGCAGCUUGAAAGUUAAAUUUGUUUUACUGAAUCGUCCGUCAAAGAGGGUGUGAGAUGGAAAUCAGUUGCUCGCGUGGCUUCGCCCUUUCGUCGC